AGAAACGUUGUUGGCAACUUAGCAAUAGGACGGUCAGCCAUUAAUUGAAACGCAGACGAAGGAACUUCAGACGUGUCCAAACACUGCACUGCUACGACAACAGGAUCCCUCUUGAAGUUUCUCAUUGAAUGGCUGCAUAGCAAGGCGUCCAUGCUUCCCGUUAAGGAACACAAUGGAUCACUCUCGAAGAAGUUUCUGUUUUGAUGCAUUCGUAGAAAUAAUUUUUUGAUUGCGUGGACGAGAUUGCACAAUACUCCGACCAGACUAUGCACGGCACGUCAUUCAUAGUUAUGUCAUUAUCACAUUUACCGCCCUCCUCCUAGUAAAUGGCGUACUUGGAGUCAAACAACCGCGUUUCCUGAAUCUCCCGUUAGAUUAUUUUGACGUGUGUAUGUGUUAGUUUCUAUGCAAAUUAUUUCAAAUAUACAACAACACUGCAAGUUACCUAACUAAAGAAAGUAAGUUGGUUAAAUAACCGGUUAAUUACCCAACCGCUAUCAGGGAUUUCACUUAAAGUUUCUGCGAGUAUAUUACGACACUAUUGACAAUUGUAAACGGAACUAUUGUGUAUGUGUGAUCGUUCAUCUCUUUCUUACACAGUGAGCAGAAUGAGUUGCAUGGUAAGUUUCCGUGCUAAUUCCUUCUAUGAAUUCGAGUUUCGGUAGCCGUAACGUUAUAGUUGCAUACAACGUAGACUUCAUUACUGUGAACGACUUUUCAAUAAGAAGCAGCACAUAUAAUUCAACCGUUUGACAUUUUCAACUGUCAUCAGCACCUCUGCAAAAACAAUAAUUGCAGCCUGUGUUAGCACAAAUCCACCCAAAGUUUAAUAUAGAAUUUAUCGCGAAAUCUUCUAAAAAUUAGUCUUAAUAAAGCAGAUAAAACAAUAAUUAUUUUGUGAAAACUAAAAUAAUCAGAAUGUCGGAUCUCGAUAAGUGGAUUGAGACAGUUAAGGAAUGUAAAUAUUUGCCAGAGAAUGACUUGAAAAAGCUUUGUGAUAUCGUGUGUGAAAUUUUACUUGAGGAAUCCAACAUACAACCAGUUAGCACGCCCGUCACAGUAUGUGGUGAUAUACAUGGACAGUUUUACGAUUUGGAAGAACUUUUCCGCACAGGUGGUCAAAUACCUGAUACCAACUAUAUUUUCAUGGGUGAUUUUGUAGACCGUGGCUAUUAUAGCCUCGAAACAUUGACACGUCUGCUUACAUUGAAGGCACGUUAUCCUGACCGUAUUACGCUGCUGCGUGGAAAUCACGAAUCGCGACAAAUUACCAAAGUGUAUGGCUUUUUCGAUGAAUGUUUCACAAAGUAUGGAAACGCUAAUGCAUGGAAAUACUGUUGCAAAGUUUUUGACCUGCUGACAAUUGCUGCGAUUAUUGAUGAGGAGGUGCUAUGCGUGCAUGGUGGCCUCAGUCCAGAAAUUAUCACACUUGACCAAAUACGUACUAUAGACCGCAAUGGUGAAAUUCCUUAUAAGGGUGCAUUCUGUGAUCUCGUCUGGUCGGAUCCAGAAGAUAUGGACCUGUGGGGCCAAAGUCCGCGUGGUGCUGGUUGGUUAUUCGGCCAGCUUGUGACAAAGGACUUUAUGAAUAUUAACAAUUUAGAAUUGAUUUGUCGUGCACAUCAGCUGGUUAACGAAGGUAUUAAAUACAUGUUCGAUAGUAAGCUUGUAACAGUGUGGUCAGCGCCCAACUAUUGCUAUCGUUGUGGCAAUGUAGCUGCGAUUUUGACGUUUAAAACUGCGAAAGAUCGCACAACCAGUAUUUUUAAUGCGGUGCCAGAAACGGAUCGAGUCAUACCACAACAGAACACAACACCAUAUUUUCUGUAAAGAAACAUAUCUAUUUGUCCACCCGCCCACUUGUGAUUGCUCGUCGUGGAGUAUUCUUUGCCUUUAACGUUUACGCUGUGUUCUUCUUUACUCCACGUUUUUGAUAUACUCGAUUUACCCUAGAUUCGAUAUAUGUAUAAGGAUCAAAAAAAAAAAAAUCUGUUAAACAUACAUAUAAUAACAAUAGCCAAAAAAAUAUAAAAUGUUCCAGUAUUGGUACCAACUGCUGCAACUAGCCUGCAAAAUAUCACAA